UCCGGGAGGAUUUUAAACUUAGACUGUUUCCCGUUAACUCGGACGGAUGCGGGGCGAAGAGUCUUCGGAUUCGGAGUCGGGGAGGAUGGAGGAGAGCUCGGUGCGGAGGAGCCUGGAGACGCUGUGCCAGGAGCUGAACAUGGACGAGCAGACUGCCACUGAAGCCAUGGACAACUUCACUGCCAUCUGGAACACUUACACUCUGGAGGGGGAGGUGGUCCACUGGCUGGCCUGCUCGCUGUAUGCAGCCUGCAGGAAGGGCUCCACUCCCACAGUGGGCAAAGGACUGAUGGAGGGAAACUGCGUCUCCCUCACCAGGAUCCUUCGAUCGUCCAAACUCAGUCUGAUCCAGUUCUUCUCCAAGAUGAGGAAGUGGGCCGACAUGUCCAACCUCUCGCAGGACUUCAGGCUACGAAUGGAUCGACUGGAGCGAAACUUCGAGGUCUCCACCGUGAUCUUCCGCAAGUUUGAGCCCAUCUUCAUGGACAUGUUUCAGAAUCCGCAGGGAGCCGAGCCGCCACGACAGCCACGCAGCAGGAAACACAGGCGGCUUCCCUGUCACAUCAGUGAUGUGUUCAAGUUCUGCUGGACUCUGUUUGUCUACACCAAAGGUAACUUCCGUAUGAUCGGCGACGACCUGGUGAACUCGUACCACCUGCUGCUCUGCUGUCUGGACCUGGUGUUUGGAAACGCUCUGCUGUGUGCCAACAGGAAAGACCUCAUCAACCCGACGUUCAGAGGUCUGCCUCCUCUGUACCGCGCUGACGGCCAUGUUUCCUCGGACGAGCCUCCUCCGUGUGUGCUGGAGAGGCUUUGUGAGCUGCACGACGGGCUGGUGGUGGAGGCCAAAGGCAUCAAGCAGCACUACUUCAAACCGUACAUACAGAAGCUCUUCCAGAAACAGAUUCUGAAAGGACACGAGGAGCUCUUGACAGAAAUGUUGGAUCCUCAGAACUUCAUUGAUAACAAUAAAGCCAUAAACAGGGAGUAUGAGGAGUACGUGUUGACGGUGGGAGACUUUGAUGAGAGAGUGUUUCUGGGAGCCGAUGCCGACGAGGAAAUUGGAACUCCAAGGAAGAUCAUUCAGGAAAUGACCACCAGCCAAACAGCUGCUCAGAGCCAGCUGCAGCAACAUGUGGAGAAGUCUGGCUCUCUCGCCCCCUCCACUCCUCUGACAGGACGGGUCUAUCUGAAGGAAAAGGACCUGCUCGUGACGCCCGUCUCCUCGGCGACGCAGAGUGUCGGCCGGCUGCAGAGCAUGGUGGCCGGUCUGAGGACGGCGCCCAGCGACCACCUGAUGCAGAUCUUCAAGUCCUGCUCCAGAGAUCCCACAGAGUCCAUACUGGCUCGAGUCAAGACUCUGGGUCAAACCUUCAAAGAACAUUACACCAACGAUUCCGACGACACACCUGGUGCUCAUAUAGACUUUGCAGAGAACCGUCUGAAGCUGGCAGAGAUCCUGUACUACAAGAUCCUGGAGAAUGUCAUAGUUCAGGAGACCAAACGGCUGCACGGCAGAGACAUGAGUGUUUUACUCGAGCAGGACAUCUUCCACUGUUCCCUGAUGGCGUGCUGCCUGGAGGUGGUGUUGUUCUCC